AUGCAGGCGUCGUCAGCUGCUGCCGGUACCAGCAUUCCGGCGUGCGCGUUCGCCACGAUACGGUCGCAUGGCGUCAGGGUUGCGAGGUCCCACGCGUACGACUGGCUGGUUCUGCUCCUCCUCGUCGCCGUCGAAGUCCUCCUCAACGUCAUCGAGCCGUUCCACCGGUUCGUCGGCGCCGGCAUGAUGACUGACCUCAGCUACCCCAUGAAGAGCAACACCAUUCCGGUCUGGGCCGUGCCGGUCAUUGCAGUCAUUGGACCUAUGAUCAUCUUCAUCGCCGUCUACAUCCGGAGGAGGAACGUGUAUGAUCUGCACCAUGCUAUACUCGGCAUUUUGUUUUCUGUGCUGAUCACCGGCGUCCUGACCGACGCGAUCAAAGACGCCGUCGGUCGUCCACGCCCAAACUUCUUCUGGCGCUGCUUUCCUGACGGAAUCGCUGUGUACGACAACGUGACCACAGGAGUCGUAUGCCACGGGGACCCGGGCGUGAUCAAAGAAGGCCACAAGAGCUUCCCAAGUGGCCACAGUUCGUGGUCCUUCGCGGGUCUGGGGUUCCUGUCGUGGUACCUGGCAGGGAAGAUCACCGCCUUCGAUCGGCGGGGGCAUAUCGCCAAGCUGUGCGUAGUCAUCUUGCCUCUGCUGCUUGCGGCGCUGGUCGCGACAUCACGGGUAGAUGACUACUGGCACCAUUGGCAGGAUGUGUUCACCGGAGGCAUCCUUGGAAUGGUGGUCGCCUCCAUUUGCUACCUGCAGUUCUUUCCAGCCCCUUCUAACGAAAAUGGGUGUUGGCCUCACGCCCACUUCAAGUAUGUCACCGAGAUGGAAGAUGCGAGCCGGACGCAGCACGCUACCGAAAUGAAUAACACCAACUCAACGACAAUGGUCGUUGUGGAAGAUCAGACGAGAGCAAAUGGGAACCGAACGUUGGACGCAAUGGAGUCCGGCAGGUAGGGCAGGGCAAUGACCCCCAUCCAUGCAUUGUCGAUCAAUCCGU